CCCCCCCUCCCCUCUCUCUCUCUCUCUCUCUCUCUUCAUCUGGGAGAUUCUAAACGCAAACCCUAGAGAUACGCUCGCUUCUUCGAAUUCUUCGAUUGCGAGACUGAAAGCCUCUGGAGUUCGAGGUCAAUUUCGAUCUGUCGAUUGCUACGUACUCCAUCGAGCUGCUGAAUUCGUAUCCGGAGAAUUUGUCGACCGAUUCGAGGUUUCCUCUCUGAGACUUUCAUCGGGCUGAAGAUUUGCUCGUCCUCGUCGUGUCUGAUCGUUGUCCGUGAAGCUUCAAGGCGGCGUGGAUUUUCCGAUUCAGCGAUUCAUGGCGGUUCGGCAUCUGAAGAAGGGGUUUUCUCGAUCGUCGAUCUGAUCUUCCGCACCUGAUUGCAGGCAUUACUAUUGAUGCAAUAGACAGCCUCUUGAACGCUUGCUCUCGUCCGAGGCCUAGCCUUUUCCGCAGAAACGCAAUCUUUCUGUUUUGCUUGUGAUUCCAAGGAUUUCGACAAAAAGACGUCGUCACGGCUGAUUGGACUGCUGAGAUUGCGGUUUGGAGGAGUCGUGCGUUGGUUUGAUCUUUCUUGAGCUAUUGAAAAGUUGGAAGGAAAAAAGAGUUGUUUUUUUGUACUUUCAUAUAUUGUUGUCUGAGUUGAAUACCCGGCCUUCAUAUUUUGGAACGGCCUUUGAAUUUUUAGAGAUUUUGUUCCUGAUUUUUCUACAUCUCUUUAGAGCAGAGGAAAAAAAGGGAUAUUUUUUUUCAGGAAAUAUGGCAGUGUAUUAUAAGUUUAAAAGUGCAAAAGAUUACGACUCAGUUGCUAUCGAUGGUCAUUUCAUAUCAGUUGCCAAUUUGAAAGAAAAAAUAUUUGAAUCCAAGCAUUUGGGCAGGGGUACUGACUUUGACCUUCUUGUCACCAACGCCCAGACUAAUGAAGAGUACCUCGAUGAGGCAAUGUUGAUUCCCAAAAAUACAUCUGUUUUAAUUCGCCGAGUUCCUGGACGCCCUCGCAUGCCCAUAGUUACUGAACCAGUUAUUGAACAAGACAAGCCAAAGGUGGAAACUAAUAAAUCUGAUGAUGCUGUAACAGCAAAGAGUAGUUUCCUAGGAGCUGAUCCUUCUGUCAUGAAAUUUCCUGAAGAUUCAGAAUGGGAUGAAUUUGGAAAUGAUUUAUAUGCAAUCCCGGAGGCGCUACCAGUUGCUAGCAAUCCAAUUCAGGAUGCUCCCCCUCCUAGUAAAGCUGAUGAGGACAGCAAGAUCAAGGCUUUAAUCGAUACUCCAGCCCUGGACUGGCAACGUCAAACUUCUGAUGGUUUUGGUCCUGGUAGAGGUUUUGGGCGGGGUAUCGGCGGAAGAAUGAUGGGUGGACGGGGUUUUGGUCGAGGUGGAUUGGAGCGUAAAACACCUCCUCAGGGUUAUGUAUGCCAUAGGUGUAAGGUGCCUGGGCAUUUCAUUCAGCACUGCCCUACUAAUGGUGAUCCUAAUUAUGACAUCAAAAGAGUGAAACCUCCUACUGGUAUUCCAAAGUCUAUGUUAAUGGCUACUCCAGAUGGUUCAUAUGCAUUACCAAGUGGUGCUGUUGCUGUUUUAAAGCCAAAUGAGGCCGCUUUUGAGAAAGAAAUUGAAGGACUGCCUUCAACUCGAUCUGUUGGUGAUCUUCCACCUGAACUUCACUGUCCUCUGUGCAAAGAAGUUAUGAAAGAUGCAGUACUGACAAGCAAGUGCUGCUUUAAAAGCUUUUGUGAUAAAUGUAUAAGAGACUACAUUAUAUCAAAAUCCAUGUGUGUGUGUGGGGCAACAAACAUACUGGCAGAUGAUCUUUUGCCCAACAAGACACUCAGAGAUACAAUUAAUAGGAUAUUGGAAUCUAAUAACAGCAGCGGUGAAAACACAGGCAGUGCUUUCCAAAUCCAAGAUAUGGAAUCUAAGAUUCCACAACCUAAGGUGGAGCCUAAGCUUCCAUCCCCUAUACUUUCUGCUGCUUCGAAGGGAGAGCAAGCCCAACCACCUCCAGUUGAGGAGGCUUCAAAGGUUGGUGAAACUGUUGAAGGAAAUAGUUCAGUUGCUCCACCAAAGACCAUGGAUAGAGGGAAGGCUGGUAGAAUUCCAGAUGUUUCUGAAGCUACACAUGAUUCAAUGAGUGUGAAGGAACCUGCAUCACAGGGGAGUGCUCCGCUGGCUGAUGAAGAAGUGCAGCAGAAGCCAGUUUUCAGUGAGGCAGGAAAGAAAAAGAAAAAGAAGAAAGCCCGUCUGCCUUUGAAUGAGAUGCAGUGGAAAAUGCCUCAGGAGAUUCCAGCUGAGAACUAUAUGAUGCCUAUGGGCCCUUCUGCCUAUAAUCCAUACUGGACUGGCAUGCAACAUGGUUUAGAAGGGGGAUAUUUACCCCAUUUUGGUGGUCCAAUGCCUUAUAUGGGUUAUGGGCUCGGUCCUUUGGACAUUCCUUUCGGUGUUUUACCCCCUGACCCAUUUGCAGCACCAGGUUAUAUGAUGCCUCCUGUCCAACCUCAAAGGGAUCUUGCGAAUUACGGGAUGGGCAUGAAGGGUGGACCUCCUUCCAUUAUGAGCAGAGAGGAAUUUGAAGCUCAUAAAGCUGACGUAAGGAGGAAACGUGAAAUUGAGAGACGGGGCGAAAGCAAGGAGGUAUCGAAAGAGCGGGAGUUUGGCAGGGAUGUGAGCAGCGGUGGGGACGUGUUUGCACCCAAGUCCAAAUCUAGAUCAGUUGAACCAUUGGGCGGAGGCGACCACCGUCACCGCCACCGCUCCGACAGGUUGUCGCCUGAACGCUCUUCCCGUGAUCCCGAUCUGCCUCGCCCCUCUACCAAGAGGCUGUCGUCGGAGCGUGAGUAUGACUACGACCACGACCACCGCGACCGCGAUCGGGAUGACCGCCCCCGCCCCCGCCACCGCUCAGAGUCCUCCGCUGGAAGACCAGCCUCAGCAGCAUUGGAACCGCCGCCGCCUCCACCCCCACAACCUCCCAAGAACCCAGCUUCAGACCGGAAGCAGAAGCCCAGCGUCUUCUCUCGCAUCAGCUUCCCCGAUGAAGAACAAGCACCGGCCAAGAAGAGAAAAGCGUCUUCUUCUUCGGAGGCGCCGGUUCGUCAUGGUGGAACCUCAUCUGGUCACCGUCACAAGGGUUCGUCCGCAGGGAAUGGGUACCACGAAGACCACCAUCACAAGACGUCGGAGUCGAGGAAGCGGAGUGCUGCCGCGGAUUAUGAGUCGAGUGACGAUGAUAGGCAUUUCAAGAGGCGGCCUUCAAGGUACGAAUCGUCUCCUCCUCCGGCGGCAGAUGGGGAGGAGGGGGAGGCUGCGAGGCAUUCGAGGGGGUCAAAGGAGAAGGAGAAGCAGAAGGAACGAGAUCGAAGCUACAGCAAACACAGGUAGAUAGGAGGAGGAGGAGAUGGCAUUGCGCAUUUGACUUGGAUCUUGUCGUCACAGCCAAAGCUGUUCUCUCUCUGUCUCUGUCUCUCUCUCUCUCCCUCUUAUCUAUCGCAGAGAAUGAAUUGAAUUAAGCUUUGUAUUCACUCUUUAAUCAUCUUUUAAUAAAUGUAAUUUGUUUCCGGAUA